AUGGCGUGCGACGGAACCGUCGGACGGUUGGCAGGGAGUCGACCAGUGAGCCUCUUUCCCGUCAAGUUCAAGCCGAGACCAAAUAUCACCGAGGGGAACGAUGGCGCCGUCCUCAAUAACGCAGACAAGAAAUGGAAAAUCUCUACACCCUCGGAUGUCUGUCAACGACACAAGAAACGUACACACGACAACAAAGGGGACGACCACAAGUUGGCCGAUCUUUCCCAUGCUGGAUACGUUCUUGCUUGCCGGGUUCUAGGCAGCAGCAAUCCCUUUGACGUAGCGGCCCUGCCAUUAUCGCCUCGAGAUUCCCACCUGAUCAAACUCGCACAUUCGUUCGGUCUGUUUCUAGGUGGCGCGGCCACGCCAGACAAGCUCGUGGCCCGUGACAUAGCUGACGGCUGGGUCUCGGAUGUUCAGCUGUCGUUGUCCAACAAGGCAUUACUUCAUGCCCUAAUUGCGCUGGGUGCCUCGAUCUGUGCUGGUGGGAGUAAAGAGAGAAAUGAUACGUACAUCACGUACGCAGCCAAGCACAAAUUAGUCGCCAUUUCGAGCCUCCGCACGGUUUCGACGGAGCAGUUGCAGACAUAUCGUAGCAUGAUCCUGAUCCGGCUCCUGGUGGCAUGCGAGUUCUACAUUGAAGAUAUCGCCGCCGCCGAAGUGCACCAGAAAGCGCUGCACCACCUCUUUAGUGAUAUGGUAAGGGGAAGCAGCAUCUCCCACUUGUCGAUUGGCACAAGCGACAUCUGGACGGCGGCGAUCCAGGGCCGUCGCACCCGAUUCAGGGAAGGUGACCACGAUCCCGGCCCAUGGCAACAGUGUUUCUCGGCCGCUGCGUUCCGGCUUGUAAAGGAAUAUGCAUCGGCGUCUGUCCAGCACUUACUGCAAACAGACUCGAUCGACAGCUCCCUCCGAUUCAAUGUCAAGAUUUUGGCGAUUGUGGAAAGGAUCAGGAACAUUGCCUUCAUAGACGAGGCCGCUAAGAGUUCGUCUUGGAGUGCAGACAACCGCGACGUGGAGCAUGAAAUCAAGCGGUGGCUGAAUUUCUACCGUGUCGAGACCUCGAAGCUCUUGAACAACGUCGCCGUGGACCACACCGAGGCGCUGUUGUCGGGUAACAUGACCUCGGAGUUUGUCACAUAUCACGCGCUGAGCUGCGCCAUGGCUUUGGCCCUGCGGUCUCAAUGGCUGCUUAUGGGCCACGUCAACUCUGUGGCUCGAAUCCAGCUCCGGUACUGGAACUUGAACGCACAUGCAACUGAGGAGAGGCUUCGGAAGACGAUCCGGAUCCUCGAGACAAGCUCGAUCAGACCGGGUCAGGAGAACAUGUGGUUCUAUAUCCUGUUCAUGCACGCGAUAUUUGUGCAAUACCUGAACCACAUCAACUCGCUCGUGGUGAAGGUGAAAGAGGAAGGAGGCCCAGCGGACAGCAAUGGCGUGCUUUCCGAGGCACUCGAGAGACUCUGUCGAGAAAAGGUCCGUCGCGGUUUCUGCGGUGUGGUGCAGGCAAAGGAGAUCCUCCGUGGGUUUUGGUAUCACAAGUGCUGUGACGAUGCUCGCUUGAACGAGGUCUGGCGCAUCUUGGCCGGGUAA